GCCCAUAGGAAGCGAAAAGAGAGAAACCGGAGUAACGAGAGAUUGGAGCGGCUGAAUCCGCAACAACCGGAGGAAUAAUAACUCAUGACAAAUAUAAAUAAAGAAGACUGAAGAGGGAGGAGAAGAGGGAGAGAACUCGCAGGAGAAAAACUUUUCCGGGGGGGAAACUGUUACAGACUCAAACACGGCCACGUUUGAAAAACAUGGAUACACUUUUCCCCGUAUUCCCGGGACUCCUGGUUCUCUUUUCUGCGGCCGGUUACGCCUCCGGACAGAUACCGACAGCACACAUGGGGCGCGCUGAGAAGGGGAGCUGUAUGUUUGAUGAAGGCUUCACUCAGUGUGAUUACCAACAAGACCCGUACGACGACUUUGACUGGACGCACAUCAACACCCAGGAAGUGCCGUACGUCUCUCCACACCUGCCACAAGGCUCUUACAUGUUCGUGGACGUCUCGCAGUACGAUGUUGGGGAGAAGGCCAGGUUCCAGCUGCCCGUCAUGAAGGAGAACGACACGCACUGCAUCGACUUCAACUAUCUCCUCACCAGCCCGGACGGGUCCAGCCCCGGCACCCUCAACGUCCUGGUGAAGGUAAACAAGGGUCCCCUGGCCAACCCUAUCUGGAACGUGACGUCCUCCACUGGUAAAGACUGGCUGCGAGCCGAACUCGCCGUCUCCACCUUCUGGCCCAACCAAUAUCAGGUCAUAUUUGAAGCAGAGGUUUCGGACCGCAAAGCCGGCUUCAUCGCCAUCGACGACGUUCAGGUUCUCAGCUACCCGUGCGAUAAAUCCCCUCAUUUUCUGCGUCUCGGGGACGUGGAGGUGAACGCCGGACAAAACGCCACAUUUCAGUGUAUUGCUACCGGACGUGAGACAUCGAAAAAUAAACUCUGGCUACAGAGGAAAAAUGGAGAAGAUAUCCCCGUGGCUCUGACGAAGAACAUCAACCACAGACGGUUCGCCGCCUCCUUCCACCUCAAAGAAGUCACCAAUCAGGAUCAAGAUCUGUACCGCUGCGUCACUCAAUCAGAGCGCGGCUCCGGGGUGUCCAACUUUGCGGGUCUUAUCGUCAAAGAGCCUCCACACCCCAUCGCCCCACCCCAGCUGCUUGGUGUUGGCCCGACAUAUCUGCUGAUUCAGCUGAACUCCAACUCCAUAUUUGGAGAUGGACCUAUUAUCCUGAAAGAGGUGGAGUACCAGAUGACAUCGGGCAGCUGGACGGAGACACACGCUGUGAACUCUCCCAACUAUAAGUUAUGGCAUCUUGACCCGGACACAGAGUACGAGAUCAGAGUGCUACUAACCAGACCGGGGGAGGGCGGGACCGGCAAAGCUGGACCACCGCUCAUCACCCGGACCAAAUGUGCAGAACCUAUGCGGACUCCUAAGAGGCUCAGGAUUGCAGAGACCAGGUCUCGUCUGAUCGCGGUGGACUGGGAGUCGUUGGGCUACAACAUCACUCGCUGUCACACCUUCAACGUCACCAUCUGCUACCAUUACAUGACCGCGAACAACCGCACCAAAUCUGACUGCUUGGUCAUGGACCCCAAAGCACCACGUCACCUGGUGGGAAACCUGCCGCCCUACACCAACAUCAGCCUGAAGAUGAUUCUGACCAAUCCAGAGGGACGCAAAGAGAGCGACGAGACCGUCAUUCAAACUGAUGAAGAUGUUCCAGGCUCCGUUCCCAGUCAGUCACUCAGAGCCACACCAUUUGAAGACAGGAUUCUUCUCUACUGGAAGGAACCAGCGGAGCCCAAUGGAGUCAUCAUACAAUAUGAGAUCAGCUACAGUGGCGUGCGUUCAUUCGACCCCUCGGUGCCGCUCCAGCGGCCGGGACUCACGGUCCUGCCCUCCAACGCCACGCACCACCUGUUCUCACAGCUCCACCCAGGUGUCACGUACCAGCUCUCUAUACGCGCAUCCACCUCCAAAGGGUUCGGCUCUGCGGCCACACUCAACGUGACGACCAAUAUUUCAGCCCCGACAAUAGACGAGUACGAUGGGUCAGAGGCCUUUCUGAAUGAAACUGCCACAACCAUCACUAUCCUGCUCAAACCUGCCCAGGCCAAGGGAGCACCCAUUAGUGCCUACCAGAUUGUGGUUGAGGAGGUGAAUCCUCAGCGGACACGUCGUCAAGCUUCCUCUGACUGUUUUGAGGUCCCAGUUUCCUACCACAGUGCGUCCAGCGGUGGAUCUCCGUACUAUUAUGCCGCCCAGAUGUCCCCCAGCAACCUGCCCGAGCCGCUCCCCUUCACCGUUGGAGACAACAAGACGUACCAGGGUUUCUGGAAUCCUCCUCUGGCCCCGAGGAAGAACUACAACAUCUACCUUCAAGCUGUUAGCAGCACGGAGAGGGAAUCUAAGACUCAGUGUUUGAGGCUUGCGACAAAAGGCGCUACAGAGGAGCCAGAAGUCAUUCCUGACCCCGCUAAACAGACGGACCGGGUGGUGAAGAUCGCUGGGAUCAGUGCCGGGGUCCUCGUCUUUAUACUGCUGGUGCUGGUAGCCGUCCUAUUGGUCAAGAAGAGGAGGACCUACUAUUCAUACUCUUAUUACCUGAAACUGGCUAAAAAACGUAAAGACGCCAUCGGAACAACGCGGCAGGAAAUGACUCACAUGGUGAACGCCAUGGACCGCAGCUAUGCUGACCAGAGUGCUCUGCAUGGAGAAGAUCCCAUGGCGGUGACCUUCAUGGACUCUCACAACUACAACAACAGAUUGCCCAACGAUCCUCUGGUUCCAACGGCGGUGCUAGUUCCAAUCACAGAUGAGAACCACAGUGCCUCCGGAGCGGAGAACAGCCGGCUGCUGGACGUUCCUCGGUAUCACUGUGAAGGAACCGAAUCUCCGUACCAGACGGGACAGCUGCACCCGGCCAUCCGAGUGGCCGACCUUCUGCAGCACAUCAACCUCAUGAAAACGUCUGACAGCUACGGCUUUAAGGAGGAGUAUGAAUUGGUGAUACAGAGCUUCUUCGAGGGCCAGUCGGCCUCCUGGGACGUGGCCAAGAAGGAACAGAACCGCACCAAGAACCGCUACGGGAACAUUAUAGCAUAUGACCAUUCAAGGGUUAUUCUCCAGCCCAUAGAAGACGACCCCUCCUCCGACUACAUCAACGCCAACUACAUCGAUGUAAGUGGAAACGCAUCGAAUGCUACUAUUGGCUCCCAACGAAACCAACGAAACCACACUCCCUCGCUCAUUUGGCUGUACAGGGAUGGCUACCAGAGACCAAGUCACUACAUUGCUACUCAGGGUCCUGUUCAUGAGACGGUGUAUGACUUCUGGAGGAUGGUGUGGCAAGAACAGUCCGCCUGCAUUGUCAUGGUAACCAACCUGGUGGAGGUUGGAAGAGUUAAGUGCUAUAAGUAUUGGCCUGAUGAUGCAGAGGUGUACGGAGACUUCAAAGUGACGUUUGUGGAAGUUGAACCUCUUGCUGAAUAUGUGGUCCGCACAUUCACGCUGGAGAGGCGUGGUUUCAACGAGGUACGGGAAGUCAAGCAGUUCCACUUCACAGGCUGGCCUGAUCACGGAGUUCCAUAUCACGCCACAGGACUACUUUCCUUCAUCCGCAGAGUUAAAAUCACAAAUCCACCCUCUGCUGGUCCAAUUGUGGUCCACUGCAGUGCUGGAGCGGGGCGGACAGGCUGUUUCAUAGUAAUUGACAUCAUGCUGGACAUGGCGGAGAGGGAAGGUGUGGUCGACAUCUACAACUGUGUGAAGGCUCUUCGCUCUAGGAGGAUCAACAUGGUACAGACUGAGGAGCAGUAUAUCUUCAUCCACGAUGCCAUUCUAGAGGCGUGUCUGUGUGGAGAAACAGCCAUCCCAGUCUGCGAGUUCAAAGCUGCUUUUUAUGAGCUGAUCCGCAUCGACUCGCAGACCAACUCGUCACAUCUGAAAGAUGAGUUCCAGACGUUAAACUCGGUGACGCCUCAGCCUCAGCCCGAAGACUGCAGCAUUGCAUUGUUGCCUAGAAACCAAGAUAAGAACCGCUUUAUGGACGGCCUUCCUCCUGAUAGAUGCCUUCCCUUCCUUAUUACAAUAGACGGAGAAAGCAGCAACUACAUUAAUGCUGCUCUGAUGGAUAGCUACAGACAGCCGGCUGCAUUCAUCGUUACCCAGCAUCCUUUGCCGAACACUGUCAAAGACUUUUGGCGUCUGGUUUACGACUACGGAUGUACCAGUUUGGUGAUGCUGAAUGAGAUUGACCUGGCUCAGGGUUGCCCUCAGUACUGGCCAGAGGAGGGCAUGCUGCGUUAUGGCCCGGUCCAGGUGGAAUGCAUGUCCUGCUCAAUGGACUGCGAUGUCAUCAGUAGACUCUUCAGAGUCUGCAACCUCACCAGGCCACAGGAAGGCUACCUGAUGGUUCGCCAGUUCCAGUACCUGGGGUGGGCGGGACACAGGGAAGUCCCCGCCUCCAAACGCUCCUUCCUCAAACUGAUCAUGCAGGUUGACCAGUGGCAGCGUGAGGGAGAGGAGGGAGAGGGAAGGACCAUCGUGCAUUGCCUGAACGGAGGUGGACGUAGUGGAGUGUUCUGUGCCAGCAGCAUCGUGUGUGAGAUGGCCAAGAGACAGAGUGUGGUGGAUGUUUUCCACGCCGCAAAGACCUUGAGGAACAGCAAACCCAACAUGGUGGAUACUCCGGUGAGUUGGAGGGAAGAGGGAGGAAACAACUCAAUUUAUCAGAAUACAACAACAAUAUGAACAUGUGACCAUCCAGGUAUUAAGAUCUGUGUUCUUCUACAGGAACAGUACCGGUUCUGCUACGACCUGUCACUGGAGUUCAUCGAGGCCUCCUAAACAAAGGAGAGGAGAGGAGAGAGAGAGAGGAGGAGGAGGAGGAGGUGAAGGUGAAGAAGAGCAGAAGAUCUUUUCACCUCCCGUGUGUUUGAUCCUGUGCUUUCGCUUGGUCCCGACUCCCCUCUGUGGUGGCCGUUCUGUAGCACCCAUUUUGCGUCCCUCCGAAUGGUUCCGGCUCCUUGCACAGUGUUGUGAAGGAUCCAAACAAAGGGAAACAUUCAGACUUUUGACAGAAGGAGCUGCUGGGAGUGCAACAGAGGGGGAGAUGUUACUCCUGUUACUCCUUUAUGCUUAUUGUACAGCUUUUUGAGUGCCAGCAGGCCCCUGUAUGUUUUGGGCCCCAUUUCAAUGUUUAGCCUCUCACCACAUCCCCCCCCCCCUCCCCCAUGGAUUUGAUGCCUCGUGCUGUUUCAGCUGCAGUACCCAAUGUGCACUGUAGAUGUCUCCCACCCCCUCCCCCCUCUUGCCAACUGCAACCACAGCUUUUGAAUAACUGCAAGUGUUCAGUGGCCCCGCGUUCCUGCUCUCAUGCUCAUCAUUUGUGAGUAACUAGACAGUGUUGAGCAUCUCAUCAUGGUGAUGUUUAAAUAUUUUCAGUGAGUACUUUUAUAUAAGAACAAGAAACGUAAUGUUACAGCCUGGCCAACCUCUGUGAAUGCUUCUUUUUCUAUUCCAUACAUCAGCAGUAUCUUCAUGUUACUUUCCUGAGUCAGAACAUGAUGUAUUUAAAUAUAUAAUAGCCACCUUGAACCCAUAUUCAUUCAGAUAACAUAAUGCAUAGAGAUAGAAAUGACCCAAAAUGUCAAUGUAAGAAUUCGAUUUCUUAGAAACAAGACUGACAAUAAAACAGAAACGGGAGGUUUACACGAGGAGUAUUCGGCUCUUCUUUUUAUUUUUUACGAUAUGAAGUGGCAACUUUUAUUAUUAUCACUAAAAUGUAUACGCUCAAGAAAAGUGUGAUAUGUAUCAUUGUUUAUGUUUCCUAUGGUCACUAAAGAGCUGGUUUGUUGCAUCAUUUAUUGAUUUACUGGAUAGAAGUGUUGAAGUCUUCUUUGUACCCUAAAUUGUAACAAUUGGAACUGUAAAGACGUUGUUCACCCAUGUUACAUUAGCAUAAUCAUGUUUCAGGGCUGGGCCCGAUGCACUUUCAAUUCAGCCAAUUCAAAAAUGGGAUGUUUGAUUUCAAAACCCGAAAAUGAACUGAUUUGGGGUACGAAGAAAUCGGCUUCUUCGAAAAGACUGAGAAUAAAUGCCAUUCCAUUUUUGGUUUGAAUGGAAUUGGAAUUGGACUGACACCAGGCUUCGUUUGUUUUGUGCACUGGUGGCCAACACUUUUUAUUAUUAUUUUGUAGCUGAUGUUUAUUCAUAAGCCAAAGACUUUGUGUAAAUAUGUCUAUAUGGAUAAAGCACAUUGUUUGUAUUUAUUGUUUGUUUACUAGCAUUGCUUGUCAGAACAAUCAUUCUUCAUUCCAUGUUUACUCGACCACCAGCGCUUCUUAAACUGAGUCGGGACGCAAAAUGGGCUGCAAGUCUGUUUCCUCUGGAGUGUGGAGAGUAUUAAUAUGAUGAGAUGAGCCCGUAAAGGGGCCGGAGGUAAAAGGCUACAUCAGCUCAAUUUGGGUUCAUGCAGAACAGUUUAAAAAACCCUGAUUUAAGCUGUAUAUUAAAGCAUUAGACGUAGUUUUUUUGUAUCUUGGUGGAAUUUAGUAGUAUUGUCUUGUUUUCACUUAAUGAAACUCUCUGAUGUUACCGUGGUUUAUUUGUGUAAAAGCCCAUUGCUCUGUUUGUGGUCAGUAGGACAUCAGUGCAUUUAAAGAGUAUUUUGGAUAAUAGCUCCUAUCCCUCUAAAUGUCUAAGCUGCUUAUCCUCAUGAUCAUAUCCUGCUCACCAUUAGCCCUGAAUACAGUGAUGCAAACAGGCGUGAGUGAAACAUGCAGGAAUGUGGAACAAAAACAUUUAUUGUGCCUAAUCAUUUGAAUUUCCUUGUUGAUACAAGCAUUUCAACAGUAUCACAAACCAGGGCUUUGUUGAAUGCGUUCUCAUGGACGAUCAAUGUUUUAAUUCAGUUUGGACCGUGACUCAAUGUGUUUUAUUAAUCAGAAUGCUUCAUGAAUUAUUUGUGAGGCUUUGCCGUCUUACCGAAUAUCAGAUGUGUUUCUGUUGUGCUCAAGCGGAUUAAGAAAAAAGAAAAACACUUUAUUGUAAAUAAAAUGUCAGAGGUUCCACGAGGUUGGAAAAGGGUCACUGCUAAGGAUGUUAUUGUAAAUAGGCUAUCAUGAGAACUCUAAAAGGCUGGAUGGUUGAUGGACAGUAGAGAUCCAGGUGAUGGAGACAAUGUCAGAACAGUCGUUCUGUUGUAGAUACAAAGUCAGAGAUUGUACUCCUGUAAGGCGCAAUUUAAAAUGUUGACAGAUAGUUGGGUUUUUUAAGCAUAAAAGAGUCCACUGAUUACAAAACUUUAUUCUUUUGGUGGAACAUCACAUUUCUGUUUAUUUCUGCAGAUUUGUGUCCGACCCAAAGGGAGAGAAAAUUCACUGUUACUAAAGUUUACCAGUUGGACUGAACGGAUGGCCGUCUCUAUAGCAUGCAGAGAGAGAAAAGCAUGGCGAGUGUAGACAGACAAUUAAUAGAGUAAAUAAAACUUCUUAACUACACACUUAACCCUCCUGAUGCCUUCGGGUCAAUUUGAACCGAUUCAAUGUUUAAUGUCUGUGUUCUUUCGGUAGUCAACAAACAAACAUAAAGUACCUCACACUUAAACUUGGAAAACAAUAUUAAUUCUAAUAAUUUUCUGGAGGUUUUAAUUGCUGGGGUCAAAUUGACCCCAAGGGUAAAAUAUGUCAGUAAAUAUAAAGGUAACAGGAGGGUUAAACAUUGAAUCGGGUCAAAUUGACCCGAAGGCAUCAGGAGGGUUAAGGGUUAAACAAUAAGGAGAUAAAUCCUGUUAAGAUGCCAAUAAUUUCCUCUUUCAUAAAUUUGAAAUACUGGCCCUGAAGAGCAGUGAAUGACGUCUGGAUGAGAGGCCAGUCUUGAGUAUAGAAUUGAUAUUCAUGGUUCAUAAUUAUUGUCUGUAAUGUUUGGCUUCUUUGCUGUAAUAAAGACCACUUGUUUAAUUACAA